GGCGAGGUUGAAGCUAUGACGCCGAUCUCUUUGUCACUCAACGUCGUACCUACUGAAGCCUGAAGGGCCGCAGUUGCCUUUUAGGAUUUUACCUAUUUGUUAAACUGGCCUUUACUUCAUAAACCACGUUUCUCCUCACAACAACAUACACACACAUACGAGAUCUCUACAACAUGGCUCCUCCGCAAUUUACCUAUGGUGCUGGAAACUUGUCUUACGAUUGGACGCCAGAUACCAUCAAUGAUCUGGCUAAAGCAUUGAAGGAAGCGGGAAUUAACCGCGUCGACAGCGCGGCUAUCUAUCCGUUCACCGAUCCUGGCGGCUCUGAUCGCUUAUUGGGAAUCGGCAAGUUUCCUGAGAAAGGCUUCACUGUCGAUACGAAAGCCAUGGUCUUUGGUGAUGGGAGUGGCACGAUGACGGAGGCUGCCAUUGAAAAGUCUCUUUCUGGCAGUCUUGAAGGAUUGAAGAUUCCAAAGGUCAAUGUGUUCUAUUGCCAUUCACCUGACAAGCAAACACCCAUCGCCGAACAAGCCGCUGCUAUGGAUGCAGAGUACCGCAAAGGCCGCUUUUCCCACCUAGGAAUAUGCAACAUACCAACUGAAAUGCUUGAAGAGUGGAUUCAGGUUGCAGAGCAAAAGGGAUACGUCAAGCCCUCUAUCUACCAGGGCCAAUACAAUUUGCUGUCUCGGACCUACGAAACUACGCUUUUCCCACUCUUAGAAAAGCACGGCAUCAACUUUGCCGCCUUCAGUCCGCUUGCAUCAGGUUUCCUAACGGGCAAACUCACAUUCGCCAAAGGAUCAGAGGACUAGCAAGGUACGAAAUUCGAGGUGUCGGACACCAAUUUUACUGGAAUGCGAUACAGAAGUUUCUACGACAAGCCGGCAAUGCAUGAAGCGAUACGUCGAGUAGCACCUACAUGUGAAGCGCACGGGAUAAGUCUCGGAGACGCAUCGAUUCGAUGGCUGUUGUACCACUAAUAUCUCAAGGACGAACGAGGGGACAACGUUAUCAUCGGGGCGAAGAACUUGCAGCAAAUAGGUCAAUAUGUUGCUGCUAAGAACGCUGGUCCUCUACCCGAUGAAGUCGUGGAAGCCUUAGACGGUAUCUGGGAAGACGUGAAAGAGGAGGCAAAAGCGAUUGUCCAGUAUUGAAGAUCGAUACAGUUGAUUUGACGGAACCGAGCAAGAGAAGCAAUCAUUGCGCCGGAAUUCAGGGUAUUCGUGAAGUUCAAAACCUGCAACAACUUCAUCAGAGAGCUGGAAUCGCAGAUCCGCC